AUGUACAAAUUAUGUGACAUAGAAGUGAGCAGAAACAGGUGGACGGUGCUCACACAUUUGAUUGUCUUGUCACCUCAUUCUUCCAUCAGAUUCUUCAACAAUAUAGAAUGCAGAAACCAAACAGAAGUUUCAAAUUUCAUUCUCCUGGGACUGACCGAGGAUGCAGAACUGCAGUCCUUCCUCUUUAUGCUGUUCCUCAUCAUGUAUCUGAUCACUGUGCUUGGAAACCUUCUCAUUGUCCUGACGGUCAGUUCUGACUCCCACUUAUAUACCCCUAUGUACUUUUUUCUCUCCAUUCUGUCCAUUACUGAUGUCUGUUUGAGCACAACUACCAUCCCAAAUAUGCUGGUGAACAUCCAGACACAGAACUGGAGCAUCACAUACACAGGCUGCCUCAACCAGAUUUUCUUUUUCCUGAUUUUUGGUGGUUUUGAAAAUUUUCUUCUUACAGCAAUGGCUUAUGACCGCUAUGUGGCCAUUUGUCACCCACUGAGGUACACAGUCAUCAUGAACCCAUGCUUCUGUGGCCUGUUGAUUCUACUUUCGAUAUUAAUUAGCAUGGUGGAUGCUCUGAUCCACAGUCUGAUGGUUUUGAAGUUGUCCUUCUGCACAGAUGUGAAAAUUCCUCAGUUCUUCUGUGAACUUGCUCAGGUCCUCAGUGUUGCUUGUUCUAAUACCCUCAUCAACAACCUCCUCGUUUAUUUUGUGUCUUGCAUACUGGGUGGUAUUUCUCUCUCUGGGAUAAUAUUCUCUUACACUCGGAUUGUCUCUUCUGUUUUGAGAAUACCAUCAGCUAGUGGAAAGUAUAAAGCUUUUUCUACCUGUGGGUCUCACCUCUUAGUGGUUUCUUUAUUCUAUGGACCCUCCAUAGGUAUAUACAUCAGUUCUAUAUUUACACACACUUCCAGUAGGACAGCAGUAGCCUCAGUGAUGUACAGUGUGGUCCCUCAAAUGAUGAAUCCUUUUAUCUAUAGCCUGAGGAACAGAGACAUAAAGGUAAGGUUGAGAGAACUCAUUAGUAGGAUACUUUCUUUUUAG